AAAUUGAAGUAAUGCAACACAAGUCAAAUUAAAAUUAAACUAAGAUCAACAAACCCUGGAUUAGCUCUAAACUGUCUGUCAAAUUCUAGGCUUAAUUGAAGCCUUGUUGGUGCAACAAUGUGAAUUAGUGUUUAUGUUUUUUUCCAGCAAAACGAGUCUGUCUUCCAGCUGGAUGGAUACACACCCUGCCUGAAGUAGACCAAAGGUGGAUAUCCAAGGCCCUGUUCAGGUGGGCUGCACCAGGCCGUCCUGAGCUGAUCUAUAACAGGGUGGACAAACUUUGGUGGUAUCCUCCACCGGUACCACUGAAGACCAGUAGUGCUCCUUCCUUGGAGAAUUACUUUGGCCAUCCUCUGCUGCUCUGGAUGCCACGAAAGCUGUGGCAAUUGAAGCUGACCUGUCCACAUCCAGACUGUCAGAAAGACCUUCUGACCUCAGCUGGCCUGCAUCAAAAGAUCAGGGUCGUGAUUGCUUUAAAUAGUGUGUACUUUGUGGCAUCUGAGUACCUGGCCUGCCGAAGAUGUAAGAGAAAGGUCAUCAGCUGGAGCCAUGAUAUCGUCUCCCAACUCGACAUUGGCCACAGAGUGCAGUUCCCCUGCAUUCUAACCUCAAAACUUGCAUGUGACUUUCAGGUAGUAUGUUUGAUGCGUCAACGAGGCCUGGGAAACAGCAGCAGCCAGAUCCAGCGCAAGCUGCAGGAGCGUCAUGCUGAGGUCUGGUUGCAAAAAACAGUCCAAUAUCUUACAGAUUGCAAGGGGAUUGCCAGUGCUGUCACAUCAAGCUUGAUACUGCCUGUGACAUUUGAACCGCUUCCUCCAAUGCCUUCUGUCCCUAAGCACCGGUGGCUGAUGCAGGUCUAUGCCCAGGAUGUCCUGCAACGGCUGGAUGAGAUCAAGGCCGCUAUAACAUCACAAUAUGGUCGGAUCUUAAAAAUGGAUUCCACAAAAAAAGUAGCCAGAAAACUAGCAGGACCCAGCUAUGGCACCGCUGCCUGGGCAACCAAUGUUGGAAAUGAGCAUGGACAGGUGAUCAUGUCCGUGCUCACAGCAAGUGAGGGUUUUGGUCUUGGGCCAAUGAUUGAAGGCCUCAUUCGGAGAUACAGAGUGGCUGGGGUAGCUCCUCCCGAGGUACUGUAUGUGGACCGAGACUGCUGUGGCAACACUCUUCUGAGGAGGAUGUUUGAAGAGUGGGAGCAAAUGACCAUCCGGUUGGAUAUAUGGCACUUUAUGCGGAGAUUUUCUGUGGGUUGCACCACCGACUGUCACCCGUUAUAUGCCACAUUUAUGAGUCGCCUCAGCCACUGUAUUUUCAUGUGGGACCAGGACGACCUGACGGCCCUGAAGAUGACAAAGCGUGCAGAGCUAGAAGCUGACUGGAGACCAUCAUCUGAAGCUGAUGUACUGCGCCGUAUCAGCCGUAGCGAGCUAGCCCUACAUUGCAGGAGAACCACUCGAGGGACCAAGGAGACCCUGACGAUGAUUGAGAGCCUCAUUCAGGCCUUUGAAGGAGAUGCUGGUCGUGACACUCUGGGAGUCCCUUUAAUAAACUCAGCCCGGAUGAGUGAGAUCAUAAAGUCCCAGCGAAAGCAUGUGGCCUGCAUCCAGGAUCCUCAAGGUGUGCAGCUCUACAUGCAGACGGGCACUUUAAUGAAGGGAGGGCAUCGUCUGCCAACUUACCGCUGUGCCAGAGGUUCUACUUCGCUGGAGUCUUUUCAUCUGCACCUCAACAGAUUCAUCCCAGGCACGCUGGCAAGUGACACCUUUUUUCAGGCGUAUCUUUUGGAUGGACUUGCAAGGUGGAAUGAGGACCGGGCUGUGGCAGCAACGACUGAUGAGCAGCAGCCACAUUCCUAUAGUCAUCUUCUCCGUCAUGCUGCCAAUAUUCUUUCAGAGGAGGUCAUGGGCAUGAAAAUCAGCCCUUAUGUUGGGCCAAGAAAGUACACUGGUGAACUUAUCGGAGUAGAGUAUCUUUACCAGCAAACUGGUAAAGUUCUGCAGGACUACAGGUUGGCCAUUGAAGAGUCUGAGACCACUGAGGUUGCUAUAGAGGUGGAGGAAACUUAUGAUGAACUUGAGGAGUUUCAAGACAUCACUGUCCCCACCUUUGACACAGAGCGGAUACCUUCUGCUGCUUCACAAGCAUCAGUGUCUGCAGCAUCAUCUUCAACCCCUCCGGCAACCAGACCCAAGUCAUCACUGUAUGUGUCACCAGUGAGAUCUCCUGUCACCAGCUCUACGUCAUCACUGUCUGUGGUCCCUCCAGUACCAGUCACAUCUUCUGUUUCCAGCUCACUGCACACUCAGCCAGCACUAUCUCCUGGCGCACAUAGCUCCCCAGGUAACCAAGGGUCCACAGAAACUGACCUUCCAACAUCUGAAGAGAACCCUUUGCAUGAUGAUUGUGUUGGACCCGAUAAUAUUGAAGGUUAUGGAGCUGUGCAGGACUUGGCAGAGUAUUUGUUCAACCUUAGAGAACACCGUCUGGCCUUAACUGGAGAAGAGUCUGAUCAAAUCAUCAACCUAUGGCAGGCAUUGGGGGAGUUUGAUAAGAAAAAGACCACUUACUCGCCACGUCACCAAACCAACCUAAAACAGGGACGAUUCAGGGCCAGUAAGAAGAAUGUGGCACCAGGUGUGGAGAGCACCAGAAGAUGUUUCGUUGGGAAUCGUAGUCCUGCACAGAGGCCUGACUGCAACAGAGUGGUGGAGGGCAUCUUCAUAAGGCUCUGUGCUCUCUACCAAAACGCGGUGCGUGAUAAUGGAGAGAGGGUCACCCGCUUCACAAUGAUUGCACGGGUCUACAGACAUAUCCGAGAGUGCAUCCUCACCAAUGAUAGGGUGAUGAGAGAAACCACCAUCCAGCUUCCACAGAUGAACGCUAAAACAAUCUCAGACUGGUUCUCCAAGCGUGACAAGUCACAGGAUGUGGGGGUUACAAAGCAGGGUAUCAAUUUCCCAGAUGCACCCAUGGCUGGACCUGAGAAGCUUCCUGCGGCUUUGCAGAAAGGGCCGACCCUAUUUCCAGGGAGCUUGGCUGAGCCUCACCUUUUUGUCCUGCCAAGAAACACUGCUGGGGAGGCAAAACUCAAGAGGAGGUCACAACCUCCAGCCAUCUCCCAGGCACCACCAUCACAUCAAAGACUCCCUAUCAUUGCACCAGCAAUACCCGUCUCUCUGCCUUUCAUUUUGCCCUCCCUGCAGCUUCCGACAGUUGUAGAUACACCAUCUUCAGUGCCUGGAACUUCACAGGUGGUGUUCUUUAACGUACCUUUACCUUCUGCUAUGCCACCAUCAGCUCAGACACAAACAUCCAGUCAAGCUGUACCUUACUCCACUCAGCAGUACAGGAAGAGAAAACAGAUGAGGGAGGACACUGGAACUGUCACACGCAAAUAUGUGAGGAAGACAGAUGUUAUUCUUUGUAGAAAGUGCAACAAAGAGAGAAAGCCACCAUCACAUCUUCAGUACUUUGGCAACUGGUACUGCAAAGAGACUGAGACUCAGUCAUAUGCUGAAUGGAGGGCUGUGCUGGAGGGACGUGGUUAUGGGAAAAAAAAACAGGAAAUGACAAUCCUCCAGCUCCUUAAAAAUUUCACAUUUUAUAUACACACUGUAAAUAAUACACACGCUAUACACACUGUAAAUAAUGUUAAGUUUACCUUGUUUAUGGUCAAGUUUUUAAUUGUUAUUGUUUAGGAUGACCUUUCAAAGUUGCACUACUGUGAUAAAUGUUUGUUUUGAUUUUAAAAAAAAAUUUAGUCUGACAUGUCAAAGGUGCACUGCAAAUUUUUGUUUUUGUUAUUAUUAUUAUUAACAUUGAUACGUCAGAAUUGCACUACUAUGUUGAAUGUUUAUUUUAUUAAUGUUUACUAUUUAUUAUGUUGACAAUCCUCCAGCUCCUUAAAAAUGUCACAUUUUAUAUACACACUGUAAAUAAUAUACACGCUAUACACACUGUAAAUAAUGUUAAGUUUACCUUGUUUAUGGUCAAGUUUUUUAUUGUUAUUGUUUAGGAUGACCUUUCAAAGUUGCA